CGAAGUACGUGAAAUAUGUCUGGAAGAGGAAAGACCGGAGGUAAGACCAGAGCGAAGGCAAAGACCCGCUCUUCUCGGGCCGGGCUCCAGUUCCCCGUCGGCCGUGUCCACAGACACUUGAGGAAGGGUAACUACGCCCAGCGUGUCGGUGCCGGAGCUCCGGUGUACCUGGCGGCGGUGCUGGAGUACCUGACCGCUGAGAUCCUGGAGCUGGCUGGAAACGCUGCCCGCGACAACAAGAAGACCAGGAUCAUCCCCCGUCACCUGCAGCUGGCCGUCCGCAACGACGAGGAGCUCAACAAGCUGCUGGGCGGAGUGACCAUCGCUCAGGGCGGCGUGCUGCCCAACAUCCAGGCGGUGCUGCUGCCCAAGAAGACCGAGAAGGCCGCCAAGAGCAAGUGAAGCUCCGCAGUGCUCUCAGUCAACACAACGGCUCUUUUAAGAGCCACCCACUCCCCUUAAAGAGAGAAAUCCUGAUAAACACCA